AUGAGAGAGACUGGACCUUGCAAAUUGUAUGAGCGCCUCAUGGCCGCCAUUUCCUAUGGGCGGUACUUGAGUUCGCUACAGCAGACGACGCGCUGUAGGCGACCGCAGCGAACAAAGAUGUGCUUGGAGACAGCUCUGAAUGCCUUCAAACCGCGGACCAUUUCCCUUCUCGCCAUAGUGGUUACAAUUUCGACCGUGAAUUGUAGACCAGUCGAAGAAACACCAUCAGAGGGAGAACCUUUAUCCGUCGCCGAUGGCUAUAUUCACUACUCUGUCGCAAAUGAUUCGAGGUUACGGGAGAUAUCGCGGAAGGCGUUCGAAUCGCUGAUCAGCGAACCCGUUGUGAAGCAGGACUACUCCUCACAAGAAAUUAUUUUUCGACCACAUUCUCAAAUCACAGAGGACCCUGAAAAUCCUGAUCUGACUUUGAAAAAACACAAAAAGCCAGGUACUUCUUGUAACCUUAUUUAUUUUCUUUAG